ACAGGUGUACGAACUAUACGCACAAAAUUGCAUUAAUCAAAAUGGCCUCGAUGGGAACGUGUGAUGUGUUUGAUACAGCGCCCGGUUUACUUCAACACACGAGCCAUGUCUGGCCGAUUCACUCCGUCAGAAUACAACAGUUACACGAAAGCCCACACAACUCGCUCUAUUCUUGCUGCUACAGGCUGUUUGUGUGCGACCACCGUGUGUUAUUAGCAAGUCAAUGAGAAUCUGUUGUGUGUGCGUUGGCAACCAGCCACUCUUCACAGAGUGCCUCAUAGCAGCGGUGACCAGGCUGGCCCAAUGUCAGCUAACAGCAACGCAGCUGAUGAGCCGAGUCAGUCGGCGCCUGGCUCCGCUGCUAGUGGGACCAGCCAGCAACGCUCUGCCUGGGUUGAAGAUGAAAAACAAGCCCUGUGCAUGGAGGACAGUGCUCCAGACGACCAGAGGAAGAGGAAACGGCAUAAAUUAAGACACAAGACUGAGGUAGCUCCAGAGACUGGGGAGUUGGAGCGGGCUACCUCGCCUUCGACGGGCGAGAUCAACAGAACGAUGCCACCGGGGGGCAUGACUAAAAAAGGUCAUCACCAGCCGAGGCCCGGGAGUGCGGCGUCCAGUAAGAGUCGGCGGUCGGCCUGGGACGCAACGGAGGCCAAGGAGAACGAUGCGGGCUCGCCGAUGCCGCCGCAGCAGUCACCGGAGGAGAAGAGCUCGGCAAAGAAGCGACCAGGCAAGAUCGCAGCUGAGAUGGGGAAGAAUGGGGAUGUGCAAGUGCGCUCCGUGGAACUGCAAGAAGUGAACGGCAGCCGGGGGACGCGAGAUCGGGACGAGACGCGGCGAGGCUCCUCCUGCGUGGAAUCCAUCAAGGGCAUUUCCAAGGUGUUCCAGUCCAAGAAAUUCAAGUCGCCUCAGCUGGAGAGGCUAUACCAGCGCUACUUUUUCAGCCUGAACAAGAGCUCCUUGUUCAAUCUCUUAGCGCUGAUUGUGAUUAUCCUCAUUGUUAUGAUCAUCUUUUACUAUGUCCCGGGCUUAACUUUACCCGUGACAGGUGUGUUAUUGGGAGUGCUAAUUGUCCUCUUCGUGGUUAUGUGUGCCCUGUGCAACCGCAGUGCUUUUACUCAGUGCCAGCUUAGCGCCAUUUGUUACACCGUCAUUGUUUCGUUAGCAGCUGUGAUCGUCAUUGACGUUUUGGACGCGCCCCUACGGUCCGCCUCCAAAGGGGUGUGGACGACACUUUUCUUCAUUUACAUGGUGUACACACUCUUACCCAUCAGGAUGCGACUAGCCGUCCUGAGUGGGUGCUCGUUUGCCGCCAUCCACACAGUUUGUGCAGUUGCCAAGAAUCACUCCGAUGUAUUUCUGUGGAAACAGGUACUUGCCAACUUGUUUAUCUUCGUAUGUGCCAACCUGGCUGGCGUCUUCACCCACUAUCCAACAGAAGCCGCUCAGAGGCAAGCCUUCCUAGAGACCCGGCGAUGCAUCGAAGCCAGGCUCACAACACAACGGGAAAACCAGGAACAGGAGAGACUACUGUUGUCGGUGUUGCCACGGCACGUCGCCAUGGAGAUGAAGGCUGACAUAGCCAGCAAGAGGGAGGACAUUCAGUUCCACAAGAUCUACAUCCAGCGCCAUAGUAACGUCAGCAUCUUGUUUGCAGACAUUGAGGGUUUCACCAAGCUCUCGUCUCAGUGCACAGCUCAGGAGCUGGUCAAGAUCCUCAACGAGCUGUUUGCUCGCUUCGACAAACUGGCUCAGGAGAACCAUUGCUUGCGCAUCAAGAUUCUGGGCGACUGCUACUACUGCGUCUCGGGCCUGCCUGAUCCUCGCCCUGACCACGCCCACUGCUGUGUAGAGAUGGGACUGGACAUGAUAGAAGCCAUAUCACUUGUUCGUGAGGUCACCCAGGUCAACGUCAACAUGCGCGUGGGCAUUCACAGUGGGAAGGUCCACUGUGGGGUACUGGGGAUGAGGAAGUGGCAGUUUGAUGUCUGGUCCAACGACGUGACACUGGCCAACACCAUGGAGGCAGGCGGCAUGCCAGGGAGGGUCCAUAUCACAACACCGACUCUGAAGUUUCUGAACGGAGACUAUGAAGUGGAGCCAGGCAACGGCAAGGAACGCAACUCCUACCUGAGGGAUCACAACAUUGACACCUACCUCAUCGUGGCCAAGGGGCCCAGAAAGAACAACAACCUGAAUAACUCCCCGCUGACGUCCAAUGGCGAGCAUCGAGGCCGCUCCUCCUCCGUGGCCCAGCUGGAGAGCUGGGGCGCUGAGAAGCCCUUCUCCAACUACCUGAGCACUGCUCCACCCCACCGCUCCAAGGACCUGCGCAAGCACUUUGAUGGGGACCGUCCCGCAGGACAGGCAAACCUCGAAAACAAACUGGGCCUGCAGGACAUGAAAAGAGCCGCCGAUCCAGAUGAGGAGGUCAACGAAUUCUUGGGUCGCGCCAUUGAUGCCCGUAGCAUUGACAGGCUGCGGUCUGAGCACGUCAAGCGACUGACGCUGACAUUCCGCAAGCCAGAGUUAGAAGAGAAGUAUUCUAAGGUGAGGGAUCACAUGUUCAGCUCCUACAUGGUGUUUGCAUUCCUUGUUCUGCUCUUCAUCUGCAUAAUACAGCUCUUCAUUUUUCCAAAGACCAUGGUGAUGCUUGCAGUCUUUCUCAGCACGGUGGUCCUCCUCGCCUUCACGCUCUUCAUCGUCCUCGCAGAAAAGUGCUUUUGUAUACCAGAUCGCUUUGCCAGGAUAUCCCAUGGCAUUCUGGAGAGCAGGAGUCUGAGCUCAGUCAUCGCCGUCUGCACAGUCAUUAUCAUCUUUGUUGCCUCAUUCUGCUCCAUGUUUGCUUACGACACGACGGACCUCCGUGCUUGUCUGGCCGCCGCAGACAGCAACGUCUCGGAGUCGGAUGUUGGCAAGGAGGAAGUGUACGCCAGCAGUCAGACGCUGGGGGAGGAGAACAACUUGAACAGCAAUUGCCAGGGGGACCGACCAGCCUGCCACUUUCCACAGUACUUUGUCUUCUGCGUGAUGCUGGUCAUGAUUAGCUGCGCUGUGUUUCAGCAGCUGGGCAGCAUGACCAAGCUCUGUCUGUUGUUUCUCAUCGGUGGGGUGUUCACGGCCAUCAUCCAGACAGCCCAGGUCAACCUCUUCACCAACAGCGACCUGUUGCACGAAGCGCACAUUGGUUUGGACAGUGCAACCUACGUCUCUAUGAGGAUCACCGGUCCGGUCCUUAUCCUGGUCUACAUCGUUGCCCUGUGGAUACAUGGCCUGCAAGUGGAGUCCACGGCCAGACUUGACUUCCUCUGGAAGCUGCAAGCGACGGAAGAGAAGGACGAGAUGGCCAACCUGCAAGCCUACAACAAGCGCCUGCUCAACAACAUCCUGCCCUCCUUCGUAGCCGAGCACUUCCUCAAGAACAACGCCAGGGACAUGGACCUUUACUACCGGGCCAACGACUUUGUGGCUGUCAUGUUCGCCAGCAUCACCAACUUCUCUGACUUCUAUGUGGAGCUGGAGGCCAACAACGAGGGCGUGGAGUGCUUGAGACUCCUGAACGAAAUCCUGCAUGAUUUUGAUGAGAUCAUUGGUGAUGAGAGGUUCUAUCAAAUCGAGAAGAUCAAGACGAUCGGCAGCACCUACAUGGCAGCCUCGGGGCUGACGGAGGAGACCUUCGACAGGGAAGGGAACACCCACAUCAUUGCCCUGGCCGAUCUGGCGUUCCACCUACUGGCCCAGCUCCGUUACGUCAACGAGCACUCCUUCAACAGCUUCAAGAUGAGAGUGGGUCUGAAUGUAGGACCGGUAGUCUCGGGGGUCAUCGGUGCCCGUAAGCCACAGUAUGACAUCUGGGGAAACACGGUCAACGUUGCCAGCCGCAUGGACAGCACUGGCGUCCCGGAUAAAAUACAGAUAACACAAGACAUGGCCAACAUCCUACAGCCGGCCGGCUACACUGUUGUUGAGAGGGGCUACAUCACAGUCAAAGGCAAAGGAGAAAUGCUGACCUAUUUCCUGGAAGGCACUCCCAACCUCAUCAAUUUGCGAUGAUGCAGUCCACAUCUAGCAAGUCUUUAAAAAGUGUGUGUUUUUUUUCACAUAUAUAUUAUUUUCUUCCCCCUUGCCUCUGUUGCGUGUAACAGUAUUUUGCAACUAACCACCCGUGUCCCAAGUAGGAAUCACUUGCCCUUAGGGAUUUGUUUGGCUCAAUGGGAAAUAUUACAAAAGACUGCACGCAAGCAUUUUCUUUCAAGUUUUUAUCAUUGCUAAGUAAUAUUGACCAUACAGUGCCAAGUCACAUUGCCCAUAUAGUAUAAGAUUGAUGGGGACUUGUGACCUAAUUGUAAGAGUUUUAAAAUUCUAAUCUAAGGGGGGGGGUCAAAUCCAAUAGCUGGUUACAUGUUGUAUGUGACCCACUUACCUACUUGCCAACUUAUCUCUUCUCCUUACUGGAGUAUCAAUGGACACCUGCGAGAUUGGAUUAUUGUGCUUAAGAUUUAUGCCAGAAAGGUCAGCAUCAACUUGUCUACUCCUCAAGGAGCUGAGGUGGUCCUCAUGAGUGUUCUUGGCCUCAGGGAGAAGGGAUGGACCUCAGGAGUGUUCUUGGCCUCAGGGAGUAGGGAUAAUAAUGAAUUACACACUGAUCGGUUAUAGAUAGAUGCUCAAUUAAUGUAGGAUGUUCCGCCCAAGAUACAGGAGAUCUGCUUUGUGUCAUGAUGGAAUUUUGCACUAAACCCUGUACUAGAUCAAAACAGUAUUGCUGUGGAAAGCCAAUAUGACAUGAUACAUGUUUUCCUGCUGGGUAGACAAUUGAAGUUGGACUCCCAAAUGAACUUUGAGUAAUUACCCUUCUCGAAAGUUAGAUGUUUCCAGCAAUGUGAUAACCAAAAAACUAUUCAUCCUAGGCAAUUGUAUCACAGAGUAAUAGAGUGGAAAGACAUUUCAAGUGAAUUCACUUAAAAAUAGGCAGUGCACUGCCACAUUUUCAAUUGCUGAAAUACUUUUGAAACAUCCGUCAUUGCACUCCCUGAAUUCCUCAUAUUGCUAAAUACUGAAGCAUGGAAGCAUUCUGCUUCAUUUAUUGCAUGCAUGUAUUUUCGCUCACUGUGGCACUGUAUUUGAGCUAUGAAGUCACACACAGUGUACCAGUCUUAGGUAGUGUUUUUCCCCCCUUAACAGGUGCUAAUUCACUUAAUAUUAAAUCUUAAUUAAUUAAUAGUUGAUGUUUUUAUUUUACUAGAGCCCUUUUGAACAUGCCCAUCUAAAUGCCUGUCAACUUUGAAUAAAACCAGAGAUAAUGCAAACUAAAUUUAUACAGGUGGAAGAAUGGAUCAACAUUAAUCCUAACAGUCCUCAAUCCUCCAACAGGUGAAGGAUUGAGGACUGUUAGGGUUAAUUUAGAUGUUAAACUUUGCACCAAAGGUACACAGUUAGCUUACGUCUUUUGAAUUACGAGGAUUACUUGAUGGAAACAAAUGUGGAGAAAUAGUUUUGGCUUAAAAAUGUAUGCCUCUGUGAUAGCAUACUUUAUUUUGGCCGUAGUGGUGCCAAUUAUUAAAACCUAUGAUUAGCAAUCUACUUGUCAGCAAGAUAUUUGUGAAAUACAUGAGAGGCAGGGAUACAGUUCAUUCAUUUGGGUCUUACAUCUGUGAGGCUUAAAUGGGGGUUCAAGAAGAAAAGGAAACUAACAAAAUAAUAGAAAUGUUCAAAAUAAAAUACAUGUACCUGGCAGUGCACACCUUUAAACAGGCUUCGUUGGUAAAAGGAGGGUAUUGCUGUGCAGAUACUGUACACAAUAUUCCUGAAAUGAAGAAUAUCAAAGAAGUAGUGGGAAGUAUUUUCAUGUGUCUAAAGAAGUAUAGGGAUUAUCGAAGAAGAAGUGGGAAGUAAUCCUGCUCAUAGAAAUUCCAGAUUUGUUGGAUUCUGUUCAAACUUUACAGCUUGCCGUUCAUUUUCACAGAAAGACUUGCUGGUGGGUUGUGUGAAUUAUGAAGCAAUUCAAUAUGAAUAGUCGCUCUGUUGUCCGAUAAAGCACACGUAUUCCUUGAUAAGUAAAAUGGGUGCAACCUGUAUUUGUUCAUAAAGCAAAAAAGGCAUAGUGAACCAGUUUAACUUUGACAAGUAGCAAUACAUGAUUUAAAUCUUGCAGCAAUUUGAACAAGCUAGUACCACCUUGUACUUAAAGAUUACAAAGUACUUAGUAUGUGCUAUUAAUAUAUAUAUUUUCCCAAAGGAAGUGUAAUUACUAGUAAGGAAUGCAAAUCGAGGUGUUUGAAUUACAGAUUAUUACUUUCAGUAAUCUGAUAGAGAUGGUUUUCCAUUUCUGUUUUAGGACCUUGAUAUUUUAAGUUUAUAUUACUCUAAAAGAGAAAAUUUGCAUUUCUUGAGGUAGAUGUAUAUAUUUGUGGUUUAAAUGAAAUAUAUAUUGUAAAUAAUGUGGUGUGCUACUAAUGUAAAUAACCUUCAAUUGUAAAUAUGUGCUGAUAAUAUGUGAAGACUGUGUCCAGGGAAAAAAGAAGUGAGGUGAAUUGUGAUCCUGAAAGUAUAGUUUAGAAUGCCGGGAUAGUUUUUUAAUAGCCAUUACGAACUGUGAGAAGAAACAAGACGAUUUUCUUCCUGGAUGGUUUCUAAUUGUGUAGCAAGUUAAUCAUGGAAAAUUGUAACGUCAAUCCUUGUGUGUACGUUGCCAGUGAAUCUUUGAAUAGUCCAUACCAAACCGUAUAGUAUUAAAAUGUGCUGUCACGUUGUAUGAACCAUGUUUUCAGUUGUUCUUGCCCAGAAAAAAAAAACAACAGGAAAACGAAAAUAAAAGUAGGAAGCCUUGUUUUCCAUGUCAGUAAAAAUAUAAAUUGCUGUACGCCGAGCAUGAUUUUUAGACCCCACAACAAUUUUGAGCUGACAAGGUUAUGUGUGUAUUAAGCAAUCCGAUCGAUUGGACGUAUGCCACUGGGGAUAGUUUUCCCCUGUUUUUGUACUAUAGCGUUUUGCGGGUGCUACCAUUUAACAAUAACAAAAUAUUAUUGUAUUCGUUGAGCAUUCCACUGUGACUCCUGUAUCGAUCCUUCGAAAUGCAUCGAUAUGGACUAUCACUGCUUAGUCAGAUAAAUAUGGUUUGAUGCAUCGCAUUUGGAAUACAAAAUAUCGUAUUCAUAUCCCAUACUCACUUCAACAGGGCCUCAACUUCCUGGAAUCGAUGCAUUCGUUUACAUACGAUAAAUGGUUUACAGAAAUCCUGUACUAAACCAAAAUAUACGUAGCUUAAACGCGCCAUAUUUUGAAACCGAAAUAUUCCGCCACGACCGAUUAGUUUUCGUUGAAUGUUAAUGUAGUAAUAGGCCUAUAAGUAUUAUAGUUUAUAACAGGUUGUAGUUUGUUAAUUGCUAUACUAUGUGUGCAUUGAUUUGAAUGUGCUUGUGAGGUUUGGAUAUAUUCAGAUAUUUUUAUUUUGUUCUCGAAACAAAUCACAAAUUUUGACUUCAGUAUUGAAGAUUCCAGUUUUGCGUUUCAGGGUAUCAUGACAUGAAAAAUCUGCGCCUUGAAAUCUGUUCCAUUAGUUAUAUGCUGCCGGGUGACAUUUUGAAAUAGUGGUUCAGUUUGUAACUUCAUUUCGACUUUAAAAAUAGUCCAGAUUUACGUGAUGUGUGCUUUUUAAUGUACUGCGUCCUAAUGUUGUAUUAUAUUUGUGUGCAAUAUAGCUUCAGGAUGAAACGGGCUAAAACAAUUUGUACAGCAGCAAAAACUUAACCUACUACCGCAAGAAAUCAGCUGUGGCUAUAUACAUGCAGGGGCGAAUCCAGGAAUUUUUCCGGGGGGUGUCAGGCCGCAGGUUUUUUUUAUGCCUCAUAGCGGAAAUAACGGUAAAGCAUUGCAUGACAUACAUUGUUUGUAAUGGUAUUGGUGUACACAUGAGAAGAAUGUGCGGAAUUGCUAUCAUGUUUGUAAAUUUACUUCAGUUAUUUGUUUUGUUUUUCCCCAUUUUUUCCCCUUGUUUGUCGGGGGGGGGGUUCCGACCUCCUGGAUCCGCGCCUGACAUUGAAUUUCUUUUUUUACAUUUGUGAAACUUUGCAACCUUGGUUGUACGAGUUUGGCUUAUUGUUAUACAGAGGUCCCGUUACGAUUGCAACCGGUUCCGGGUAGACCCCCAUGGUAGAAGUGACCGCUCUACAACGUACCACAGUGGAUGGAGUGCCAAGUUUAAGCAACCCCGCUUCGGUUCCAAAUACCCCCAUUCCUCUUAAGAACGUGGUAUUUCCAGCGGUGGAAACAUGAAAUAAGAAAUUGAAUUAAAUUAAAGAAAAUCAGAGUUGAUAUGCAUGCAAGAAAGCUUAAUGGGAGUACCCGUGUUGCGGAUUUCUUUGUUUGUAUCAGGAAUAUUUUUAAUGGGAGCAUGGGGAUUUUCAGUUGCAAGUUGCAAGUCAAUAGAUAUAUUUUGGUAGAUAAACUGUACCAUAUUUUAAGCAUUUUGUUUCAUGUAACUAGUGUUAUAUGUAAAUUAUGCUUGACUAACAGGAAAAAUGAUAUGUGUGUUUUAAUUUAUUUUGUAAUAAAUUACUGAUGUACAGUAAAUGGAAGAGAAAA